AUGGCGCCAUCAAGAGAUCUGGACGAUGUCAGCGACUCCUCUUCCGUUUCGGAUCCUCUCGACACCAGAGACGACGAAGGAUGGGAGGAUGUGGAACCGGAUGAAGAGACCGUGACAGUCUUGUCUUUGUUUGACGAGGAGACUUUUCCCGAUGCCAGAAGCAUGCUGCUUUAUUGCCGAGACCACCACGGAUUUGAUAUCUGGAAACUAAGGCAAGACUCUGAUCUUGAUUUCCUUGGACUCAUCAAACUUGUCAACUACAUCCGAUCGGAAGUCCAGGCUGGCAAGACUCACCCGGACGUCUCGUCCAAAGCGAUCUUCGAGGAUGACAAGUAUCUCAAGCCUGUCCUGGAGAAUGACUCGCUACUGUACAGCCUGGAUGAUAUCUUCGACGACGCAGCAAGCUUGACACCGGCCAGCGAAGUCGAACAGCUUCGAGAACAACUGGCGAACUUGCAAUCUCACUUUACUGCGUACCGCGAAGAAGUACAGAAGGCUAUGCUAGACCGACUUGACUCGCCAGAUGCAAAGACGGAAUCGAGCAACGUCCAACAAGCCCGACCGAGUAAUGGGACAGGAUCUUCCGACAACGACUAUUUCAAGUCCUAUUCGUACAAUGCGAUCCACGAGUCCAUGAUCAAAGAUCGAAUCCGGACCGACUCUUACCGCGACUUCAUCUACGACCACAAAGACCUGUUCAAGGACAAAGUCGUGCUCGACGUCGGCUGCGGCACGGGGAUCUUGUCCAUGUUCUGCGCAAAGGCUGGCGCCAAGCUGGUCAUUGCAGUGGACAAUUCAGACAUCAUCGACAAAGCUCGCGAAAACGUGUUCCGAAAUGGCCUGCAGUCCAUCGUGAAGUGUCUGAGAGGCAAAAUCGAGGAGGUCAAUAUGCCUGUGCCCCAAGUGGACGUGAUCGUCAGUGAAUGGAUGGGAUACUGUCUCCUGUACGAAUCUAUGCUCGACUCGGUCCUCUACGCACGCGACAAGUACCUUGCCCCUGAUGGCCUGAUGGUCCCGUCUCACGCGACACUGCGGAUUGCGCCACUUGCCGACUCGGAUCUGAAAGCGUCACACAUCGAUUUCUGGCGCGACGUCUACGGGUUCGACAUGGCUGCCAUGCUGGAGCGGGCGCAUGAAGAAGUGGUCGUCCGCGUGACGGACGAGAAGGAGCUGGCUGGGGAUAGCUACCCGUUCCUCGAGCUCGAUCUGCACACGACGACCGUGGAAGACCUGACCUUCACCAAACCGUUCAAGACGACGUGGAAGGAAGGGUUUCGCGUUCUCGAGGGGUUCGUGGUCUGGUUCGACAUCAUCUUCGCAGAAGCUCGGACGGAUGGCAGAGUCAAGCCCGGAAUGACGGCCGCAGAGGCGAAAGAGAAGGGUCUCAUCGCCUUCUCGACAGGACCCUAUUCCGAAGCUACGCAUUGGCAGCAGGGGAUCUUGCUGAUUGAGGAUCCAACGGAUGGAUUUCGUGCGGGCGAAGAGUUGUGCGGCGAGAUCAAGUAUGUCAGGAAGCAGGGGCGGGAACGUUCGUUGGAGAUUGAGGUUUCUUGGGCCAAAGGGGGGAAGACCGGAAAACAAGAGGUCAAGAAGCAGAUGUGGGUGCUUGAUUAG